UGUUGUUCACAUGGACUUUAGCGUUAGGUAAAUGGAGUGUUUAAAAGGUGUUGGUUUGGGGCCACUUGCUGCAGGGGCAGUUGGGUUACUCGUAUUGUUGAGGAUGAUCCAGAAAGCAAGAGGGCAGCAGAUUGUUCAAGACAAGGUUGUGGUUAUCACUGGAGCCAGUUCAGGCCUGGGCAAAGAAUGUGCACGAGUUUUUCACGCAGCGGGGGCUCGACUUAUCCUGUGUGGACGGGAUCAGACGAGACUUCAAGAGCUCGUAGAGGAGUUAAAAACCUUGACAAAUAGCGAAACAAAGACCCAUACCCCAUGCAUGGUAACUUUUGACCUCUCUGACAUGGACCGUGUCACCAAGGCAGCAGAAGAUAUUCUGAAGUGUCAUGGUCAUGUGGACAUUCUCAUUAACAAUGCAGGCAUUAGCUUCCGCGGCUCCAUACUGGAGACACACAUCUCUGUGCAAAGGAACGUCAUGGAGACCAACUACUUCGGUCCUAUCGCUCUUACUCAAGCUAUUCUUCCCUUCCUGGUGAAACGAGGCAGCGGACACAUAGUGGUAAUCAGCAGUGUGCAGGGAAAAAUUGCCAUUCCUUACAGAUCAGCCUAUGCAGCCUCCAAGCACGCGACACAGGCCUAUUUUGACUGCCUGCGGGCGGAGGUGGAAAGAUUCGGUCUACACGUGUCAGUCGUCAGCCCUGGAUACAUCAAAACCAACCUGUCAGUUAAUGCGGUUACAGGAACCGGAUCCAAAUACGGAGUGAUGGAUAAGACCACAGAGGCAGGAAGCGACCCGGUAGACGUUGCUCAUGCUGUUCUGAAGGCUGUCACUCACAGACAGAAAGACGUUCUCUUAGCUGGGCUGCUGCCCACUCUCGCUGUCUACCUCCGCACUCUCUGGCCCAGUGUCUUCUUCAAACUCAUGGCCUCUCGGUCCAAAAAAGAGAAGAAGGAUUAAAGAACAGUAAGAAGUAGCCACAGGUGUUUAAUUCAGAGAGAAAUCACAUGCAGUGUUUUAAAGAUGUUUUAUUGAGUUGCUAUCGUUUAAAAAAAUUUAAAGGUGAAGUACAUUAUUUAUAGACUGAUUAUUAUUGUAAUGAAUCUACAAGUUAAACUUCUUUCUUAUCUUAGGGCCACUGUGUAGCCAGAUUUGUCUAUAGUGAUUUACUAUUCAGUGAUGUUCUACCUACCUUUCAGUAUAUAUUGUCAUGAUUUAGACCAGAGGAUUCCCACACUUGGUGUUGACCUGAGCAACAUGCCAUUCUUUAAAUCAGAGUCCAUGUAAUUUUGUUUUCUACUGUCACCUAGUUGGUUGAUUCUGCAACUAAUCAUCAGUCAGGUAACCACUACAACAGCUAAGACUUUAUUUAUGUUGUGCAUUGUAUUGUUUUGCUUUAAACUGUGUUCUAAUUUGUAACUGAACAUGAGCUUGUUUGAUAUUUCAUUUCUAAUAAAUGAGCAAUAAUG